CCCAUUCACACACACUUGGGUAGCUCUGUUUCUAUUUCUUCUUCUUCCACACUAAUCGCCAUUGUUAGCUAGCUACACAUCCACUCUGUUUCCCAAGCUUUCGUGUUCCACGCAGGGAGCGAUCGAUGGCGCGUCGUUCGGGAGAUUGUAUGAAAUGCCUUGUGAUCUUCGCGGUUGUAUCUGCUUUAGUAGUGUGUGGACCUGCUCUUUAUUGGAAAUUCAACAAAGGUUUCGUUGGAUCUACGAGUAGAAACUCUGUUUGUCCUCCUUGCUCCUGUGAUUGCCCACCUCCUGUCUCUCUCCUCGAGAUUGCUCCUGGGCUUGCAAAUCUCUCUGUUACAGAUUGUGGAGGUGAUGAUCCAGAGCUCAAACAGGAAAUGGAGAAGCAGUUUGUGGACCUUCUGACCGAGGAACUGAAGCUUCAAGAAGCUGUUGCGGAUGAGCAUAGUCGUCAUAUGAAUGUCACCCUCGGAGAAGCUAAAAGAGUUGCAUCUCAGUACCAAAAGGAAGCUGAGAAAUGCAACGCCGCCACCGAGAUUUGUGAAUCAGCUAGGGAGAGAGCUGAAGCUUUGUUGAUCAAGGAGAGGAAAAUCACUGCUUUGUGGGAGAAGAGAGCUCGGCUAUCAGGCUGGGAAGGUGAGUAAACUGAUUGCAUUUCUCAUGUCAGAGAAACCAAACUUUCACAACUUAGCUCAAGAAAAGGAAACUGUUGAAUUGUCAAGGAAGACAAUCCUAUCUUCCAUGCUUCCUCCAUAUAUUGUAGUCUUUUGUUUUGCCUCUGGAUCAGAAUGUAGCUAAAGACAUGGCCUUGUAUUGACUUUCUUUUUAUACAUAAUUAUGAUUGUCCC